GACACCCUCCUCCCGGGCCUGCAGACAGGAAGCGCUCCAGACCCGGAAGGCGGGGUUAGCGGCGCCCGGGGUCGCCAUGGCUACCGAGCAGUUGGCCGCAGAGCCCGCGGUACCGUCGCUCGUAGAUCGUUACUUCACUCGCUGGUACAAAGCAGAUGUCAAAGGAAAACCCUGUGAGGACCACUGUGUACUACAGCACUCUAACCGAGUAUGUGUCAUCACAUUGGCAGAAUCUCAUCCAGUUCUUCAAAGUGGAAAAACAAUUGAAAGCAUUUCCUAUCAAAUCAGUACCAACUGUAGCAGACUUCAGAACAAGGUCUCUGGGAAAUUUAAGCGGGGGGCGCAGUUUCUAACAGAACUUGCACCUCUAUGUAAGAUUUACUGCUCAGAUGGAGAAGAAUACACCAUAUCUAGCUGUGUUAGAGGACGAUUGAUGGAAGUGAAUGAAAACAUUCUCCAUAAGCCAUCUAUUCUUCAAGAGAAGCCAUCCACUGAAGGCUACAUUGCAGUAGUGUUGCCCAAAUUUGAAGAAAGUAAAAGCAUAACAGAAGGGUUACUAACACAAAAGCAAUAUGAAGAAGUUGUGGUAAAACGCAUUAAUGCCACAACAGCUACUUCUUGAGGAUUCAGAUGGAAUAAAACACACCGCAGGAUUCUCAUUCCUACUUGGCCUAAAUCCGUGCACUAAAGAAGGACCGGCGUAUGUGAAGAUACAAAGCCAUCUGCAAGGAGGCCUGAGCUUAAAACUUAACCUAGUCUUCCCUCUGUCUUGUGUCACAGGCCUUGGUUCCCAUUUCGUCUUCAACCUCCCAGAUCUGCCCUGCCCACACACUCACUCUGUUCUUCUCUUCCUUCUCUCUAACAACUGGCAGGCAAGGGAUGUUUUUCUGAUUAAAAACUAACAAACAAAGCACUUUGAGGAAAAUUUGGAAAAGACAGAAAAGUUUUAAGUAGCAAAGUAAAAAUAAUUUACCCAUCAUCCUGCAAACUGAAAGUAAAUACUACAUUUUGACAUACUGCUGUUUGAAUGUGAGGGUAUGGUUAUUGUUUUUGCUUCAAUUUUUCAUGAGUGUGAAGUUUUAAAAAGCCCAGCUAGCCUUUCUUACGCAGUCUGCUUCAGUGGGACGCUACCAAAACGUCUAGGCCCAUCCCUUCUGCCCCAGCUCCUCUCCUUUUAGGUGGCAAGGGAGAGGCAGUGUCUAAGUGUACCUUCUCUACUCCUUAUGGGCUGGGGCGGCCUUCCUCUCUGGAGCAAAGUAGAACUGUUAACACUGUGGCUUCUUAAAUGAGCGACACGUGAAAAGACUGAAAAAUACAAAGGGCUUUCCUAACAUAUGCAGUGUUAAGCUGGUUAUUGCCAAUACGUACAUUGUAGUCUCUCAGUCUCACACGCUAGUGACAGAGAGACAAGCAAAGAAGUUACUGUAAUUCAUAGACAGAUGCCUUUGAAUGGAACAAAAGCUCUCACAUUUAAACUAAAAAAAACUAUGAAUUUAUGGUUUAAGAUUGUAUAGUUCUUUACAUUGAAUUUUAAAUGAAAGGACUUUAAAAAUUGUUAUUUUUCCUUAAGGGCUGCAACACAUACAUAUAUUUAAAUAUCUCUGUCUUUAAAUAAAACAAUUAUUUAAUACAGAAGAAAUCACUUGACAUGUAAAUUCUUUGGUUCUCUAUCAUACUCUUAUGCUGUUGAAGUCAAUAAUUAUGUUAUCCCUUCCCCACCCCUACUUGCACUUAAAUAAGAGAAUAUUCUCUUUUCAGGUAUGUAAAAGUAUUUUGUAAAUAAAAUUUUAAAAUUA